CUAGCGAUACUCGAUAGUUGUUGGUGUGGCUGUGCAUUUUUAUUUGUAAAAUUAAAUUUGUUUUAAACAUUUAAUUUAGAUAAAUUAAUGGACAGAGCGAUUAAAUCUCAUGUACUAAGAUGAGUUUUUCUAUUGACGAAGUGAAUUUCCUCGUAUACCGAUACUUACAAGAGUCCGGUUUUCACCAUUCAGCAUAUACUUUUGGGAUUGAAUCGCACAUUUCACAAAGCAAUAUAAAUGGAGCCCUUGUACCUCCAGCAGCUCUUCUCAAUAUUCUUCAAAAAGGCUUACAGUAUACCGAAGCGGAGAUAACAUUGGGCGAAGACGGUUCUGAAACCAGACUAACUGAAAGUCUCAGUUUAAUAGAUGCUGUCACACCAGAUAUUGUGGCCGCACGUCAAAACGCACACAAUGCUCUGAAACAAGCUAAUAAAGAAACAGGUUCUGGCAGUGAACAGAAUGGUGUUGAGGUUCCUACCUGCACAGCUCCAACUACAACGGGUGGUGCUGAAACCCCUAGUGCCCCUGAAAGCAUGGAGACUGAUCAAUCCAUUGAAAUACCACCUAGUAAAGCCACAGUACUAAGAGGUCAUGAGUCUGAGGUGUUUAUUUGUGCUUGGAAUCCUAGCACAGAUUUAUUAGCAAGUGGUUCUGGAGACAGCACAGCCAGAAUUUGGGAUAUGUCUGAUAAUCCAACAAGUAUUCCAAAUCAACUAAUAUUAAGGCACUGUAUUCAAAGAGGUGGAGCAGAAGUACCAAGUAAUAAGGAUGUCACAUCACUUGAUUGGAAUUGUGAUGGUAAUCUAUUAGCCACUGGUUCUUAUGAUGGCUAUGCCCGUAUCUGGACAACCGAUGGGAAACUUGCCUCAACAUUAGGUCAACAUAAAGGACCAAUAUUUGCUUUAAAAUGGAAUAAAAGAGGCAAUUAUAUAUUGAGUGCAGGGGUUGACAAAACAACUAUUAUUUGGGAUGCAGCCUGGCCAAUGCACUGAACAGUUCUGCUUCCAUAAAGCACCAGCGCUAGAUGUAGAUUGGCAAACUAAUACCUCAUUUGCAUCCUGUUCAACGGAUCAGAGCAUCCAAGUGUGUAAACUGAAUGUUGAUAAGCCAAUAAAGAGUUUCUUAGGU